UUUCGACUAACGAGGACACACGAAAGUACGUCUUACUUUGGAGAACAUUUGAAAAUCUGACGGCAGCAUGAUUGAGGGACUUUUUGUUGGUUUGCUGCUGGCACUGCUGACGCUCCUGUAUCUGUAUUUGUACCGCACGUACACGUUCUGGACCCGGCGAGGUGUCAAGCAGAUCACCCCCAUUCCUUUCUUCGGCAGCUUCCUCCCUGUCUUCCUAGGACUCAAGAACCAUGGGGAAGUGUACCACGAAAUUUACUAUAAGUAUCCUGACAGCGAUGCUGUGGGCUACUACCAGUUCUUGAGUCCCAAGCUGAUGAUAAGAAACCCGGCCUUGGUAAAAAGGGUUUUGAUCAGUGACUUUUCAAGUUUCCGAGACAAUGAGAUAUACACCAACACAAAAGUUGAUCCUUUAAUGGAGUUAAAUCCUUUCCUGUGCAGGGGUGACACGUGGAAACCUGCGAGAUCAACUUUCGUUGCUGGGUUGACUGCAAGCAAAUUGAAGUCGUACCUUCCUUUAAUGAAGGACACAUUGACACAUCUGGAUGACUUCCUCGCAUCCAACCUGGACAAGGAAUUAGAGGCUAAGGACUUCAGCAAUAGCUUCUUCAUGACCCUGGUGUCCAACACGGCGUAUGGGGUUGACGCAAACUGUUUCACGGACCCCAACGCGGCUUUCCGUAAAAUGGUUGAACUGCUCAGCAAGACUAACUGGCAAAAGUUCCAUAACGUCAUCAUAAUCUUCUUCCUGCAGAGUUUAAAGACGUGGUUGGGCUAUAGUUUUGCACCGAAGCCGAUGCAAGAUUUCGGCGCGAAAGUGAUGCGAGAAGUCACAGAGACCAGAGUGAAGACCGGUACACGAAGAAAUGACUAUAUACAAUGCUAUUUAGACAGGAAUAACACAGUUGAGGAAAAGGUAUUCGAGUUGUCAAACCACGCCAUCAGUUUCUUCAUCGGGGGCAUGGAGACGUCAUCCAUCACCGCUAGUAAUGCCGUGUACGAAUUGGCUCUGCACCAGGACUAUCAAGAUAGACUGUACCAGGAGCUGAAGGAAGCAUACGCCAAGACCCCAGACAUGGACUAUGACACACUGCUCGGUCUGCCUUAUCUCAACCAGAUCUUUGAAGAAACCGGAAGAAAGAACCACGUAUUAUAUUCCUUACCGAAAGUCUGCACGAAGUACAGCACAUUUGUAAUUGAUGGCAACGAAGUGGACUUAUUCCCAGGGCAGUUGGUGAUGAUUCCCAGUGUGGAGAUCCAGAUGGACGCCAAGUAUUAUCCGGACCCUGACGUGUUCGACCCUGAGAGGUUCAAUGAGGAGAACAAGAGUGGGAGACCGGAAGUGACGUACAUGCCGUUCGGGGAGGGACCACGGAUCUGUGCGGGUAUGCAAUUCGGGAUCCUGCAAGUCAAGAUAUUCCUCUGCCAUCUUGUGUACCACUACAGAAUCCUACCAACGUCGAGGAGCGCCGCUAAACCAUCCUACUCCAAGCAUUCCUACUUUGUCAUUCCUAACCAUAAUCAGUUCGUCAAACUAGUUCGGAGAAAUCAUUGAUUGACGUUAUACAUAGUUACUUGUUUUGUAUAUUUUUCCUGUUUUUUAUAUCGCACUGAAUAGAAUAAUUGUUUAUGUAAAUGUAAGCUAAUUAUAAGUGUAAGCUUCCAAAGGGACACAGGAAGCCCCAGCUUAAGAUUACACCCCUCACCCUCCCCGUCAGAGGGCAAUCUGGAGCUGAGAUCCUAUGGAGGCCGACAGCUCCUAAAGGCCCGAGAGACCGGAUAGUUCGAAUUUUUCCAGAGCAUGGCAGCUGUCAAAUGCUGAAACUCUUAGAGGUUGAGAGCUCUUGGAAGCUCUUCUAAGGAAGUCUCAAAACAGACACCUGACAGAGGCCGGAACUAUUGGAAGACAGAAAUAUUUCAGAGUUAGUUUAAUGUACAUUCUUGUGGCUUUUAAGAAACCAGGCAGUUCAGUGACAAAGUUCCAAUAAAUAUUAAGAAUUGCAACUGAACUAUAACUGAAUCUUGUAGCUAGCAAGCCAAAAGGUCUUUAGGCAGAUUUCAUAAUUUUAAUAUAAUAAUUGUUUAUGUAAAUGUAAGCUAAUAAUGAAUAUGAGCUCCCAAAAGGACACAGGAACCCAGCUUCAGAUAACCCCCAUGGGUAGAGGCCGACAACUCCUAAAGGCCCAAGAGGCCGGAUAGUUGGAAUGCUUCCAGAGCAUAGUAGCUGUCAAAUGCUGAAGCUCUUACAGGCUGAGAGCUCUCUGAAGCUCUUCUAAGGGAGUCUCAAAAUAGAUACCUCAUAGAGGCCGGACCUAUCGAAAGAUGUGAAUGGUUCAGAGUUAGUUUAAUGUUAAAUAAACAUUCUUGUGGCUUUUAAGGAACCAGGCAGUUCAAUGACAAAGUUCGAAUAAAUCUUAAGAAUUGCAACUGAAGUCUACCUGAAUCUUGUAGCCGUUAAGCCAAAAGGUCGUUAGGCAGAUUUCAUAGUAAUCUGCCUAUUACAAGCACCUUUCAUCACGGAAAUUCCGGGAGAUUUUUUGGCACUACAGAAUCCUAGGAGUGCCACCAAAGCCUCGGGUAGGAUACGAUAUGCGGACCCAGUUUUUUUUAUAUCGAAAUUGGCAA